GAGAAAAUGAGGAACACAGAACAUGAAGGGAAGCUGUCGGCAAUGGUGGCUUUGGCCAUUGCUGCUGCCAUUCUCCAAGCCCAUGCAGCCAUUCCAGAGAUGAAUAAGUCUCAACAAUUAUCUCGACAGAUUCACAAGAAGUUAAAGCUUCUUAAUAAGCCUGCCGUCCACACCAUCUACAGCAAAGAUGGAGAUAUUAUCGAUUGCGUUGACAUUUACAAACAGACUGCUUUUGACCAUCCGGCUCUAAAGAACCACACCAUUCACAUGAAACCCAAUUGGGCUGUCGAUAUGAAGAUGGUAACUGCCCAAAACGAGUCGUUUCGAUCUAAUCUAUUUCAAGUAUGGCAAAAAAGUGGGAGAUGUCCCAAAGGAACUAUUCCAAUUGGUAGGGUUCGUAAAGAAGACUUACUAAGAGCCAAUUCUUUAAAAAACUUCGAGAAGAAAUUUCCUAUUGGAGGUUCCAAACUUGGGGCGGAAGUCAAUCGUUCUACGGCGAUCUUGGUUACACUAGGGUACAACUAUAUUGGCACUUAUGGAGAGAUUAAUGUUUGGAACCCUAAAGUUGUCAGCUGCAAAACUUUGGUAAAUCCGAGGCUAUAUGGAGAUACAAGAACUCGACUCAACCUAAAUUGGACAGUGGACUCCUACAAGUCGACGGGGUGCUUUGAUUUAACUUGCAGUGGGUUUGUCCAAACAAACGCUGUAGCCUUGGUGGAACCAUCGAACCCAUGUCAUCAAUUUCAGGUGGACAAUAAUGCAGUGAUUGUAUCUUCCAGAAUCCUCAAUCAGGCAAUUGGUGGCUAAAGGUACAAAGGCAGCCAGUGGGGUAUUGGCCGCGGGACGCUAUUCGGAUACUUGAGCCACAGUGUGACACUGGUGGAAUGGGGCGGAGAAGUGUUCAGCUCAGAAUUAAAGAAAGUGGUGCACACGGGGACGCCCAUGGGGAGUGGAGAUUAUGCAGGGGCGCACGCCUACUACGCUAGCUAUGUGAGCACGCUGAGGAUUGUGGACUAUUCGCUGCAAUUGAAGUAUCCAGAGAGAGUCGGAACAUGGGCUGAUGAACCUACUUGUCACUCUGUUAUAAUUUUCAAGAAACUUACACUAGUGAACCUGUCUUCUACUAUGGCGGUCCUGGUCGCAGCGGUGACUGCCAUUGAUAUCAUUUAGGCUUCUCGUGGGUUAAUAAUGGGGAAAUUUUAUUUUGCUAAUAAAUUGAAAGGCAACAAAAUAAACUU